UUCCGCGCGGCCCCGGCACCCGCCAGUGACCCCCCGUGUGUCCCCCCCGCCCAGAUCUCCCUGCAGUAUUCCUCGGGGGGCAGCUGGUACCACACCUGCGGGGGAUCCCUCAUCCAGAGGAACUGGGUGAUGACGGCAGCCCACUGCGUCACCAGCAACCUGAACUUCCGCGUGGUGGCCGGGGAGCACAACCUGAACACCAACGAGGGCACCGAGCAGGUCUUCAGCGUCAGCAGGAUCAUCAUCCACCCCUUCUAUAACAGCAACAACGUCGCCGCAGGCUACGACAUCGCCCUGCUGCGCCUGGGCAGCUCGGCCACCCUCAACAGCUACGUGCAGCUGGCGGUGCUGCCCCAGGAGGGCACCAUCCUGCCCAACAACUACCCCUGCUACAUCACGGGCACUGACGGUGCCGGGUCCGUGCAGCCAACGGGCAGCUCUCCAGGCGUCCUGCUCCAGGCCUACCUGCCCGUGGUGGACUACCAGACCUGCUCCAGCUCGGCCUACUGGGGCUCCACCGUCAAGAGCACCAUGGUCUGUGCCGGCGGCGACGGCGUGCGCUCCGGCUGCCAGGGCGAUUCGGGCGGUCCCCUCCACUGCGCCGUCAAUGGCCAGUACCAGGUGCACGGGGUCACCAGCUUCGUGUCCAGCCUGGGCUGCAACACGGCCCUCAAGCCCACCGUGUUCACGCGCGUCUCCGCCUACAUCUCCUGGAUCAACAGCAUCAUCAGUAAAGAUGUCGAACAGGACCAGACCCAAAACUGA